UUCAAGAUUCUAUUCUGUGCUUGCAAGAAAUUGCUCUCUCUCUCUCUCUCUCUUCCAUUCAACUUUUGAUAUCAGUGUAUUGAUUGUUAUAUUGCAAAUAUGGCAUCAGUAAAGGGAGACUGUGUUGUUUUAGUUAGGCGAUUAAGUCCAACAACCACCGAAGAUAGUUUAAGGGAAUUUUUAGGAACGGUAGGGGACAUUUCCCAUAUCCAGUUCGGGAGGGACUGCUUAACUGGUGAAUUGACUGGCAAUGCACACUGCGCAUUUAGACAAUGUAGUGAAGCUGUUCAAGCAAUAGCGGAGCUAAACAAAAAGAGCCUAGAUGGCAACUCCAUUGAAAUAAUGGAAAUCCCAAAAUCAAAUCUUUUAUUUAGCAUCAAAUCUGAAUCCCCUCCAGAUAACACAGCCAGAACUCAAACUAUUAUUCAAAGUCCACUUAAGUUGUCCCUGUUCUCUGGUGAGCCCAAACCCAAGGGUGGGGAAGUACCCUUCGAAAUGUGGAAACAUGAAAUACGAUGUCUACAAUUGGAUGAUAACUGUAAUGCGCAAUCGCUAGUAAGGCUAGUUAGAAGGUCGCUGCGAGGAGAAGCCGGCCAGCUUGUCUUGAAUAUGGGGAUAGAUUCCUCUAUCGACCAAAUCCUUGACAAACUGGAAGGCUUCUACGGAACCGUGGAGUCAGGGGCUGUAUUGCUGCAGCAACUCUACUCCGCAAGGCAAGGAUUGGAUGAGUCCAUCACUGCCUACAGCGCGCGCCUCCAGCUGGCCAUUGAUAGGGUAGAGCAAAGGAAGGGUAUUUCCCCAACUGCAAAGGAUGAAACUCUUCGCGUGGUCUUUUGGAAGGGUAUGUCGGACGAGUCCCUAAAGCAGGCUAUCCGACAUAAAUACGAAGUAGUGACCUCCUUCGACGAACUAGUUCGUAUUGCUCGCCAGCAAGAACAAGAGAAUGGGGAAUUUCAGAAAUUCCAUGCCCCACAGCGCUCCCGCCAAAGAGUAGGUGGUGCUAAUGCACAAACUGUAGAUACAGAGGUAGAUUUAGUUAAAGAACUUCGAGAAGUAAAAAAUAAGCUAAAAGAGAUGGAGAUCAAUAGUUGUAGUUCUAAUGUUAGUGGUAGGCCUAACAAUGAUAGUAGUAAUAGUAGACCAUAUCGCCCUCGCCCGAGGGGACCGUGUUAUAAUUGUGGUCAACCUGGACACAUCGCUCGAGAGUGUCGUAUUCCUCCUCCUCCUCCCCCUGCUCACUAUCCGCCUCAUCCUUCUCAUUUUCCUUCUCCUCCUCCCCUCUUUCCUCCUAUACACUCUUCUUCCUCUAAUGUCUCUCCUCAAUACAACAGUCCUUUAAACGAAGGAAGACCUCUGCCGAGGGGCGGGCAGUAGGUCUAACUUCCUCUCAAAAGGCAGAGCGUACGAGUCCCCCUUCCAGUAGAGUACUGAAUAAGAUGAUAGGUAGGGCAACCGAAUCAGUA